UGGAAUAGAGGAGCGAUGUCCGUGGGUGCCGAGCCUCCGUCUGACUGUAGUCCACAGCAUCCGCGCGCCCUCUCGGUUCAGCGUCCUGGGGGGUUUUAAAGUCCACGGACACGCACACCUUUACCGGAGUGAAGACGAGACCAGUGGUUGUUCCGAGGCCAGGUUUCUUACACCCCCCCUGCUCACCGUGCCUGCCUGCCUCCCCGCAUCCUCCGCGGCGUCUCCGUGCCGUGAACGCACCACCGCUCGAGUGGCUCCAUGGCAGCGGACCUCAAACCCAUCACCGCCUGAGUGCGUCCACCUCUCGCGCACACAAAUACCUUUACUGAGACUAAAUUAAUCGACGCGCGCGGAAUCGGAGCAGUGUUGCGUCUAUGCACCUCAGUUACACCGCCCCGGAAAGGACUUCUUGCCAUUGAGAGCUGGAUAUGCAGAGAUUAACGUGAAAAGGAUGGAUCUAAUUAUCUGUGUUUUGGGGUUACUGGCGCUGAUCGUGGAGGGCAUCCGUUGCCAAGGAGUGUACGCACCUCCGACUGUCCGCAUUAUACACUCAGGGCAUGCCUGUAAUGUCGAGGAGGAGCGGCACACAGAGCGAGUCUACACCAUCAGAGAAGGGGAGACUCUGGAGCUAACAUGUCUGGUCACCGGGCAUCCUCGACCUCAGAUCCGAUGGACGAAGACAGCUGGCAGCGUGUCAGACCGAUUCCAGGACUCCAGUGUGUUCAACGAGACGUUGCACAUUGCAAAGAUCCUGAGGACCCAGGGAGGUCGCUACUACUGCAAGGCUGAGAAUGGCCUCGGCUCUCCGGCAAUCAAAUCCAUCAGGGUGGAUGUUUACUACCUUGAUGACCCAGUGGUGACAGUGCACCAGAGUAUAGGAGAAGCUAAAGAACAGUUCUACUAUGAGAGGACGGUGUUUCUGCGCUGUGUGGCCAGUUCCAACCCCCCUGUCCGUUACAGCUGGCAUCGUGGGAGAGAGGUGCUGACACAGGGCUCGGAUAAGGGCGUAGAGAUUUACGAGCCUUUUUUCACACAGCAGGGGGAAACGAAGAUUUUGAAGCUGAAGAACCUACGUCCACAGGACUACGCCAACUACAGCUGCAUCGCCUCUGUCAGGAACGUGUGUGGGAUUCCUGAUCGCAGUGUGAUCUUCAGACUCACCAAUAAGACAGCCUCUCCGUCCAUUAAGCUGCUGGUGGAGGAUCCAAUCGUGGUCAACCCUGGCCAGACGGUAUCUUUGGUAUGCAUCACAACAGGUGGGGAACCGCCCCCCACACUCACUUGGGUCAGCAGUAAUGACAGCCUGCCGCAACGAAGCGUUGUGAAGGGUGGCACACUCACGCUGCCGGCCAUCACCUCCGAUGAGGCAGGGGUGUACAGCUGUGUGGCCAGCAACAACGUGGGAAAUCCAGCCAAGAAGUCCACUACCAUCGUUGUACGAGCAUUAAAGAAGGGCAGAUUCUGGAUUACUCCUGAUCCCUACCACAACGAUGACAACAUCCAGAUCGGACGAGAAGUGAAAAUAUCAUGCCAGGUGGAGGCGACACCACCAGAGGAGCUGACGUUCAGCUGGCUGAAGAAUGGGCGGGCCCUGCGGAGCUCAGAGCGCAUGGUGAUCACCCAGACAGACCCCGACAUCUCCCCUGGAACCACCAACCUAGACAUCAUAGACCUCAAGUUCACAGACUUUGGCACGUACACCUGUGUGGCAGCACUGAAGGGAGGAGGCAUUCCCGAGAUCAGCAUUGACGUCAACAUUUCCUCCACAACUGUCCCUCCUCUGUUUUUCUCUUUCUUAGUUCCCCCCAACCUGACAGUCCCCCGGGGCAAGUCCCCCCUGGUGGCCCGCGAGGGUGACACAGUGGAGCUGGAGUGCCUUGUUUCAGGAAAACCCAAGCCCAUCAUCCUGUGGUCGCGAGCGGAUAAGGAGGCGCCCAUGCCAGACGGCAGCAUGCAGAUGGAGAGCUACGAUGGCGUGCUGCGUAUAGUUAAUGUGUCCAGGGAGAUGACGGGCUCAUACCGCUGCCAGACCAGUCAGUAUAAUGGGUUCAACGUGAAGCCCCGUGAGGCUGUGGUGGAACUGAUUGUACAAUACCCUCCGACAGUGGAGCCGGUUUACAUGGAGAUGCGUCAGGGCCUGGGGAGGCCGGUGGUGAUGACUUGCAGGGUGCUACGUGCCCACCCUUCUCGUGUACUGCGAUUUGAGUGGCUUCUCUCAAACCGACUGCUUCACGCUGGAGCCUUCGACGCCCAAAGAGAUGAGACGGAGUACACCAUCCGCAAUCUGAACCGAGACGGCUGGGGCGAGUACACCUGCAAUGUCAUCAAUGAAGCUGGAACGGGCAAAUGCACUUUCCAGGUUACAGGCAAGGCCUACCCUCCAGAGUUUUACUACGACACCUACAGCCCCCUGUGGCAGAACAGACCCAGAGUCUAUGGAUUCAAGCUACAGUGGACCCAGAUGAAUCCCAAUGCUGUGGACCGCAUUGUUGCCUACAGACUGGGUAUUAGACAGGUGGGGCUGCAGCGAUGGUGGGAGCAGGAGAUCCCUGUGGAUGGAACAAUCAACAAGGGAGAGCUCAUGACACACAAUCUGACCGAACUCAUAAAACCUGAAUCCUACGAGGUGCGCCUCACCCCCAUCACGCGUUUCGGAGAAGGUGACUCCACCAUACGGAUCGUCACAUACAGCGCUCCCAUCAACCCUCACCUGAGAGAGUUCCACUGCAGCUUCGAAGAAGAGCCCAUCUGCAUGUUCACACAGGACAAGAAUGAUGAUUUCGAUUGGAUACGGCAGAGCGCUGCCACCCGUGACACCAAGUACACACCCAACACAGGACCCAGUGGUGAUCACAGUGGUUCCAAGCAGGGUUUCUACAUGUACAUUGAGACCUCAAGACCACGAAAGGAAGGGGACCAGGCUCGGCUUGUUAGUCCGUUAUUCAAUGUAGCACCUAAAAACCCUUACGGUAUCACCAACCCACCUGCCUACUGCUUUGGUUUCUUCUUCCACAUGUAUGGUAAACACAUAGGGACUCUAAAUGCCUUCCUGAAGCAGAAGGGUCAGAUGACAUCCGAGGGUCCCGUGUGGUCACAAAGUGGUAACCAAGGUUACCUCUGGAAGCAGGCCAAAGUCAGCAUCCAUCCAACAACAUCCUUCCAGGUGGUACUCGAAGGUAUCCGGGGACCAGGAAUCGAGGGGGACAUCGCCAUCGAUGAUGUCACCUUGGAGGAAGGGGAGUGUCCGCCGCCCAGAAUGAGAAACGAGGCUCCGUCCACAUCCUCCCAUAUAUGGCUGCUAUGUGUCACCUUGGUGAUGACCCUCCUGGAAGGUCAAAGGUGACCCUUCUCUCUGUCAUUUCAGAGGCAAAUAUUCAGACCCACCGUCUGUGAGCUAUACCCUCGGCAUCCAAUCACCAAAGAUUCAUGCAUCCUGAAAGCAGCAGUGGCCCCUUGAUGGACCACAGAAGGACGGAGAUCAAGUAAAGAGAGAAAAAAUAGUGAUUAAAAAAUUGUUACACAAAAAGUAAUAAAGAAGAUGCGCUAACUUUUUUUAAAAAAGACCUCUUUUACAGAAAAUACUCCUCGGUGCAGGACUCGGGACAUCUUUACGAGCACAAAGACAGGUGGGAGAUGAAAAAGCCUGGACUUUGGUGAAAAGAGUUCACUAGCGUCGAGGGAGGACUGUUUGUAAAGCACAAGAACAAUUUUAUGAAGUUACGAAAAUAUCUUUGGAAAGCGGAAGAAAAUAGACACUGCUGACUUUUUGAAGAGGAAAUAACAUUUCCCUGCUUACAAAUACAUGGAACCAGACCUUUCUCUGUGUAUCUUUAUCUUCAUUUUGUCACACCAGAUGCCAAUCACCGACACUUGUUUUUCACUGUAGCCCAGCCUCACGUCACACCUUGGCAUUUCUUUAUCUGCUUGGUGCUGUACUGUAGAAAAACAAGGACUUGGGCAACAUUUAGUUCCGUCUGCUUACUCCCCCUGUAGCUGCCUAUGUAUCUUUUUUAACACUGUGCUCACGAGUCCAAGUGGCCAAUCGACGGUAUGGUGGCAGAACAAUAAAUGCAGACGUGCAGGGAAGAAUCUGUGGACGUGUAGACAGUAGACCGAAGUUCAAGCUUAGGGCAAAGAGACAAGAUAUGAGAGGGAGGAAGAUAAGGUAAAAAGGAGGAAUGUGGUGAAAAACAGAGGGAGGAUGAGGAGGAGCAGGUAGAGAGUGGGAUGGGUGUGGACGGACCGAUUAGUGAGGCUUGACUUCCAGUCAGCGCUCCGCAUGUGGAACAGAAGCCACUUUACUUUCUGCCAUGAAACAAAGUGCCUUCAGAUUACAAACCGAAUCGUGAGCCUGGGUGUUAAUCAACAUCGAACACAUCUCUGUUCAUGUUUCCUCUGAUGGGCUAUUUUCUACACGUUUCUUUUGCCCCACAAGUGCUGAUGGGAAGGCAUGCUUGUUCAGAGGGAGUAUGGGGUCGCGCUACACCUGGAUUUAUCUCCUGAUGGGACACUUGCCUCUAUGUGUGUGUGUGUGUGAGUGUGUGUCUGUGUGAGAGUGUGUGUCUGUGUGUGCAUGCGCCUAUGCCUAUGCGUAGUUCAAUGUGAGGACAUCCGACCAGGCAGCGCUAGCAGACCCCGAGCACAGGUAUCGGAAACAAAAGGGAUGAAAACAGCAGUGAAAGUGAGGCUCUGGAUAUUUUUUUUCUUUUUUUUUUUUUCCAAAAAGACGAUUUAAGAUCAUACAGGAGGAUAAAGACACUUCAUCGAAUGAAUAUCCAACUCUCUUUUCCCAUAAUUCUCCUUCCCUGCGGGCGAGCAUUUUUUUAAACAAAAGAAACACUGCUGAAUAAAACAUUGUACAGGGAGGAGAGUUGAACUUUGGGACUGCAGGCUCUUCUUUAGGGCAACACGCCUCGCCCCAAUCCUCCACCAUUUCUAUGGAACAAUACAAGAAUAAAAGAUAAUAAUGAUAAUAAUAGUCAUGAUAUUUUAUUACUCUAGCGAGAAUGUUUCUCUGCUUUUACAUAAACUGUGAAGAUUGACUGUGGAAGAUCUACCUGAGACCAUAACCUUAACCAGCGGGGUUUUUAAAACAUGUAUUGUAAAAAAGAAGAAAAUAAGAAAAUGAAAAAUUCCGUUCAUUGUUGGUUAUGACAAAAUGUUUUGAGGACUUGUGUCUUGUUUCUUAUUUUUUCUGUUGAAGAUGACUUAACUUCCUUUCUCUUCUUGUUGUCUCCCUUGCAUUGCUGAAGUAUCAAAGCUGAUGGAAGCAUAAGAAGUAAACCAAUUUGGUAACUGUAUAACUUGUAAAUGUUAAAGAAGCUCUAUUCAAAGGUUUAUGAUAAAUGUUUUAUGUUGGAGUACAGGAAGCACAACAUACAGUUUUAAGGUCUCAACAUAUAAAAUCCAUUUUAUAUUUCUCAACAUAUAAAACAUGCUGACACACAUACAUGACCUACUCCCACCAGUUCAAGCUCAUUAAUAACAUUCUGUUAAAGCUGACAUUUAACAACCAGAUGAACCGUUUUCUACUUAUUGUAUUCAUACUGUAUUUAUAGCGCAAUCAGAACAUGAAAAGAGAACCCAGCCGGGGGGGGUAUAGAGGAAGGGUUUUACCUGAACGGUGUGGGUCGGAGCUGAGCUGGGGGUUGUGGUUGUUCAGCAUAUGUAGCCUCUUCAUUGGACGCCUGGGUUGGUCUGAGUGGGUCGUGUGUGUGGGCAUAAAGCUGUGUACAAUAGGUGUGAUACAAGAAACUGAUACAUGUAAAGAAGAUAAAUAUGCUAAAGCAAAACAGAGCAGACUGAUGAGCAUUUCAGGGCAUCUUUACAAUAUCAUUAGAGUCUGUAUGAUGUUAUUAUAGAAACAUGCUCACAGGUAUUAUCUGCUAUCCAUUUCUGUUUUUUGUUUCUGUUUUUUUUUUUCUACUUCUGAUUUUUUUUUCCAUAAGGCCCAGAUCACAAUGAAUGUAAAUGGAGUUCUGGGGGGAAAAAGUUCUUUUCUUACAGUUGUAACUAGAUGUAACAUUUUACUAAAACACAUGUUUUUGUGUGCUUUUGAUGAUGAGAACUUUCAGACUUUCAUAGUUUUAUUUUCAAUUUUUUUGGGAUGCAUUGAAGAGUAAAUCUGACUCUGACACAGACUUUGACACAAUUUCCAAAAGUAUUAAAUAUCUGUUCACUAGUCGCUAUAUCCUCCUGUGGAUAUAACCGGUAAUGAAAAGUGCCAAAGUGCCCCAUGUCGCCAUCGCUGUAAUUCUGUUGGAGCCUUUUUUUUUUUUUUUUUUUUUAUUUUUUUAUGUGAACUGUUUCUUUUACAGUGACCCUGAGCGCUAUGUCCUUUCAUUCUUACGCUAUUGAACGGAACAGCUUAAAAGACAAGAUUGUUGUUUACAUCACAGUUCUCAGUGGGUUAAAAACAAAAAAAAAUCAGAAAUAUCUCUCAUAUUCGUGCUUAGUUACCAUGCCAUUGAAUUUCUUCUAAAAAGUUCCUGUAAUUUGAUCCUUUUUAAACCUUGGGUACAUUCAUACAUAACUGCAGAUUUUUUUUUAUUUAUUUAUUUAUUUUUUUUCUAAAUGUCUAAUUCUAGCCAACUCAUAGCUGAAAUUGCACUGCAGAAAGACUCAUUGUUUGUUUCCGUGGUAUUACAGCUCUCUCCAUAUAUUAUUAUUAUAAUUUCCAUUUCUGUGCAUUUCACAGACCCUGUGUCAGGCUGCUCCCUUUGUGUAUCGGAGGCUGGUGAGUGGCUUACACACUCGGCUCUGCUCUGUUUAUUGAUAGAAGUGCUCUAAGCCACUUCAAAGUACAAUUCAGGGGGAUUAACAGUUUUAGAAAAUGUAAACAGUGUUGUGUGGCAGUUUUCGCUCUUUAAGUGUUUACAGACUUUAUUUUGAUCAUGAGAGACGUCUGUAGCUGGAGAAGAUGUGAAGUUUCCACAAACUUCGCUCUAGAAAACUCUAAAGUCGGUGUAGUUUCGGAGCUCGGGUUGUGUCGUCUUAUGCCAGCGAUUUUUUUGUUUGAACUCCACAGGGUGGUUGUCUGGGCCCAAGGUAUUUAGUAUGUGUGUGAUGUUAUUUUCCAGCAGCGCCCUAACAAUGUGUCUUACAGCAGCGGCUUUCGUUAGACACUUGUGGUGAAGUACAGUCUCAAAUGCGCCAUAAAAUUCAGGCGAAACAAAAAAAAUAAAAA